AUGGUGGAGGAUAAGCCUGUAUAAGACUGAUAAGCGGCCUUCAACCCCACGCAAGCUGAGGGACCAGCUGGGACCAGUUUCCAAUUUCCAAAAGGUCCGUGGUCCGUCAGCGCGUCAGCCUCGGGCUGGCUUCCUCUCACAUCUCAGCACCGCCCUCCGACAAGUCGUACGUGACGAACCCUCGCCGCCUGCGCUCCUAGUCGGGGGGGACUGGAAUUGUGUUGAGUCGCAACCCCUCGAUUCGGAGAACCAAAACGGAACGAAUUAUGGGGGUCAGGAGAUGCGCGACCUUGCCACGGCCAACAAUCUUUUCGACGCCUAUCGGCUCCACCAUCCCAAAGGACGAGCCACGACGAAUCGCUCAGCGCCCGGCACGUGCCGUCGCCUCGACCGCAUCUAUGUCUCGCCUGAUUGGGUUGACCUCUUCCAUGAUCACAAAAUUUGGGCUCCUGUCCUCAAAUCGACGCACUCAAUGGUUGUGGCACGGUUCCAAGUGCCGGGCGCAAUCGACAUCGGUCCGGGCAAAUUCAAGCUGGGUUUGCACGUGAUCGAGGGCGACGCGACCUGCGAGUACCUCACUUCCAUUGUCCGCACCCUUUACAACGAAGCCCUCCUCCAGACGCCCAACGAUCCACCAGCAGCUUGGACGUCCACCAAACACCGCCUGCUGCCCGAGCUGCAGGCUCUGGCCCGGACGUUCGCUCGGUUCCGACGUGGAGGGUCGGAGCAAGAGAGGGCGGAUCACUCGCGCUACGGCGCGGCCCUGCGGUCCCGCCUCGACCCAUCUCUACCCAUCUCUGGCGGGUCCCUCUUCCGUCUUCAUCCGCCUGCGCAAAGUGCGAGCAUCCGACCUGAUCCCUUCGCUCACGGUCAACGAUGUUGUUCAUUCCGACCCUGAUUCGAUGCUUGGAGCGGCCAGCGACUACUUCGAGCGGGUCUAUGAGGACCGCCCCAUCGAUGACGCGGCCCUGAAGGCGAUCAUCGACGGCCUCGCUUCAACUCGCCUCUCCCCCGCGGACUCACUCAAGCUCGAGGAAGCGUACCCGUUGGAGGAGAUGACAAAGGCUCAAGAGGCGUGUAAGUCGAACUCUUCGCCAGGGCCUGACGGCCUCCCGGUUGAGUUCUAUCGCGCUACGUGGCCGGCCACUGGCCCGAUUCUUCGAGACGUCAUCAACUCGAUCCCCACCGAGGCCCGUCAGCCUGGACCUCUUCCCCGCAACACCGCCCACAUCCAUCUCAUCCACAAACGCGGCGAGAGGGAUCAGCUCUCGAACAAACGCCCCAUAUCGCUCAUCAAUGCGGACGAGCGCAUCAUCUCCCAAGCCCACAACCAGCGCCUCGCUCCCUUGCUCGAGUCCCUGAUCGGCCCAACCCAACGUGGCUUUGUUCCGAACCGUUGGAUCGGCACGAACAUCGCCGAGGUCCAGUGUCUCAUGGACCCUGGACUUCCGGGCUCACCACCCGUGUCCGGCAUGCUAGCGGUGAUGGACUUUGAAAAGGCUUACGAUCGUCUUUCCCACACGUACCUUGAUGCAGUCCUCUCCGCCGUUGGCUUCGGCCCCAAAGCCCGCCAAUGGUACCGAGCGACCUACACCAACCAAUUCGCCUCGAUCUUCCUCAACGGUUGGCUCUCUGCCGCUUUCGACAUCCUGGCGGGCGUUCGGCAAGGUGAUCGAUCCUCUGGCUCCGUCUCUCUUCGUUCUGGCGAUCGAAGGUUUUGCCUGUCAGAUUCGAUUGAGAGUCAAGGGCAUCGAGAUUGCGGGCCUCCAAAAUAUUCGAGAACUCCUCUUUGCCGACGACGCUUGCUGCGCACUCCACAACCUCUCGGACCUCGACCACCUCACUCGGGCGAUCGAGCUUUACGAACGGGCAAGUGCCAGCAAGCUCAGCAACGCCAAAUCUUUCCUCUACCCCCUUGGAGCUUUUCGGGAUCGCCCGGUCGCCCCAGAUCUCGGGACCUGGCUCUCAGCGAUUCGCAGUUUCGCUACCUUGGUAUUCAGGUCGGGGUGGAGAUCGCCGAGGAUGCGGGCUGGGAAGAUGUCAAGGCCUCGACCAUCGCUCGGAUACGCUCAAUUCCGAUGUACGAUCUCCCAUAUGCAGCCAAGUGUUCGAUCAUCAACAUCUACUGCUACACAAAGAUCCUGUACUACAGCCGAUUCCUCCCCGCCCCCAAGAGCGUUGUCAAGGAGAUCGAGGAUGCGGCCAUGCUCGCCAUUCACGGUCGAGCUUCGGAUGGUACUCAGCGACGUCCGAAGGUCUCCCGGUCGCGCCUCUGCACCCCUCUCGAUCACGGCGGCUUCGGCUUGAUUGAUCUGCCUCGGCGUCUAGCGAUCGAUCACGCGAAGUGGGUCUUCCAGCUCCGGGCCCCGGACGGCUGCUUCACACGCCACCUCUUCGACAUCCGCAUUCGCCUCCAGGCACCGAACGAUCCAACCCCUUUCACCUUGUCCAGACCGGCCCCCAACCAGCAUCGUCGCCCUUGGAUCUGGAUCUGGUGGGCAUACUUUUGCCAUCCUCCCCCAAAGUGGGACCAUGCGGUGAGAAAGACGAGAAAACUUCUUCCUGCACGUUGGGUCCGAUACUUCGAAGCCUGGGCGUCGGUGACCACGCUCAAUCCCCCGGAACUCUCCAAGAGCCAGAACCUCGAGCAAUGGGCGACGCACGUACUCUACUUCCCAGCGGGCCACGGAAUACAACUUUCGGUAAACCCGACGCUUUUUCGAGGGCCCGAUGGCGAGGUGAUGACCCCGUCUUCGUUUGUGAACGCGUCCAAACGCCACCAAGUCUUCAUCUUCCCUCCUAUCUUCCCCAAGGGACACCAGAAGGUAUUCGAUCUGCCUGAGCAACGUUGGAACGCUUGGUGCAAGGCUUUGCGCAAGGUUCGCCGGGUUCACUCGGACGCCGAGGAUACCGGCCACCUUCUCUCCCUGGGGUCCCUCCAUCGGGGCAGCCAAGUCGCCUCCCCAACCAGCCCUCACCCCAACAAUCGAUCGGCCUCCUGUGUGAUGUGCCUCUCGGAAGCACCCGAGUGCCUGGCCCACCUCGCGGUCGGCUGCCCAUUUGCCCGGCGUCUCUGGUCUGCUCUGUCCCCGACCCCCCACCCAGUCUUUGUGGACUUUGUAUGUCCGGUCGUGUCUCGCUCGGAACGUCGCCUUGUCGAACUACGAGUCCUCUUCUUUCACUCGAUCUGGAGGCUCUGUCGCCGUCGCCGAUUCUCGUCGGAUCUUUUGGAACCGAUCACCGAAACGGACUUCGAGGGGCUUCGAGCCUCUAUUCAGGAGUCCAAGGGUCGCCUAAUGUCUCUGUGA